AUGAUCGAGCAUAUAUGUGAAUUGUCCUUAAAAAGAGAAAACAAGUUUACUUUUUUAAAACCAUUGACUUUCAAAAUUGUAUGGACUACAUGGUGUGGUAUCAGCAAAUAUACUCCAAAAUGCAGUUUUUAUAUGGACAACACGGCCACAAUGGUUGCUGAAAAAAUAAGGCAUACUGGAUCUAAAUAUUGGUGGAUAAUACAUCCAUUCAGUUAUGCUAGGCACGUUUUAUAUAUAUAUUCUUACACACUCUAAAGUCUUACACACUUUUAUUUUUCCUCGUACAACAAAACGUAUAUUGUUUUAUUUCUGAUUAAGAGAAUUCACAGAUUUAUGUGGGAUACCUUAAUGAUGGCAAUAUUUUUUAUCGCUUUCUUUACAAUUCCAUUUAUGAUUUGCUUCGUUAUAAUGGAUUAUGAAAUAAUUGGUCUGGAUAUAGUGAAUAUUCCAAUUUACGUGAUCUGUUGGAUAGAUAUAAUGCUGAAUUGUGUUACGGGAUAUUAUGAUAAGAAAACUAUGUCUAUUGAGUUGAAACCUAUUAAAAUAUUUAUAUUUUAUCUUAAAGGAUUUCUUAUGCCAGAUGUGCUAUCGUCUUUUCCGUUUGAUCAUAUGACACUGCGAUGGCGAAGAUUGCCGGGAAAUAAUCCUCAUUAUAUCGUUACUUUAAUUAAUAUCAUGCCUCUCAUGAAAUUGACACGCUAUUAUACUUUCCACUCAAAUCUUUAUUAUCUAUUUACGCAUUUUAAAAUAAAAAGCUUUUAUUUUGAAUUGUAUAGUACCUUAUUGCUAGGAUUAUAUUUCAUCUUUUGGUGUUCUUGUUUGUGUUACUCAAUACCGAUUUUACUGAUGUACUUCGUCAACAUUCCACCGAUAGAAUGUGAGGAUUGUUGGAUGAUGAAAUUAGAAGACAACAGUCUCAAGUUUAGAUUCAACAACGCUGCAUUUAUUGUAUUGGAAAAUAUAUUAUCAAGUGGCUACGGUAUAUUCGUACCAGAGACAGAUAUCCCUAUCAUUUUCAAUAGCAUUCUUAUGAUUAUCGGCAGAAUUAUUGUAUGUUAUAUAUUGGGUAAGAUAUUGAGUAAUACAUCUUUACCAGAAGUUAUGCAUUAUAAAUAUUUCUUUUUUGGAUUAUCAAACAUGCUGCUGUGUCUUUCAGUUAUGUUUCUUCAUAUCAAAGCUGAAAGAAAAUCAUCCGAAUUAAAAUUUCAAGAGUUAACAGUUCAAAUCAAAGCAUACGCAAGACAAAAACAAUUAUUACCACAUAUGAAGAAACGUCUCUUAGCUUAUUAUCAUUAUCGUUUCAAAAAUGCCUUCUUUCGCACUAAACGGAUUUUAUCAGAUUUGACAGAACCAUUACGAGAAGAGAUUGCGCUUCAGUCUUGUCGACGGUUAAUCGAAAACACGGCAAUUUUUAAGAAUUUACCAAGAAAUAUUCUGCAAUCAAUAGUGAAGCACUUAAAAUUUGAGUUAUAUUUGCCAAAUGACGUAAUCAUUAAAGCUGGUACUCAAGGCGAUUGUAUGUUCUUUUUAUCUUCGGGGACUGUUGCGGUUUUAACGCCAACUGGAAAGGAAAUGUGUCAUUUGACUGACGGUGCCCAUUUCGGCGAAGUCGCACUCUUAGUGGCGGAUCAGCGAAGAGUAGCUAGUGUUGUCUCAAUCGAAGUCUGUGAGUUGUAUCGAUUAGAUCGUAAAGACUUCCGUAAUUGCAUAGCCGUACACAGCGAGCUAUUUGCGAGAAUUGAACGCAUAGCCACGGAACGUAUAGAAAAAACUGUCAGAGCUGAGGAACAACACAAGCGUUUUUUAAUGCGUCCUGUUCGCGAGCCGAAUUUACAUCAUAUAUCAACGAAAGUGUGA